CUCCCCCCCAGCGUCUGUGAAAGUUCCUGUUAAACCGAAAGUGAAAUUUUCUCACAGAGUCAGAUUAUCAGGAGGAAAGUGACAGCUGGCUGUGAGCUGCUCACCUCAAAAUGUUAGUUUAGUGAGACGCAGAUUAAAGAGGACUUUGAGGUAGUUGUAGUUUUUACAGGAAGAUGAAGAUGUUCGUGGUGUUUGUGAUGCUCGUGCACGUUUCCCAGCAUGCCUCAGCUGUGGAGCUGUAUGAUGGGGAGGAGUUUGUCCUGCUGCCCUGUGAGUUUCAGACUGUUGAACUAGACGACCCCACAGUGGUGUGGAGCCGCUACGAUCUCAAUCCUCCAACCGUCCACCAGCGUCAGCAGGAAGGUGAUGAACUUACAUAUCAAAACAAGCUUUACAGCGGCCGAACAUCCAUGAUGCCUGACGCUCUGGAAACGGGACACCUCAGCCUCAAUCUGACAAAACUCCGCCUCUCUGACAGCGGCACCUACACCUGCAGCGUCAGAACGCUAGGAGGACAACGGAGAGUGGGAAGCAUACAGCUGAAGGUCAAAGUUUCCCAGCAUGCCUCAGCUGUGGAGCUGUAUGAGGGGGAGGAGUUUGUCCUGCUGCCCUGUGAGUUUCAGACUUUUGAGAUGAAGAACCCCACAGUGGUGUGGAGCCGCGACGAUCUUGAUCCUCCAACCGUCCACCAGCGUCACCAGGAAGGUGAUGAACUUACAUAUCAAAACCAGCUUUACAGCGGCCGAACAUCCAUGAUGCCUGACGCUCUGAAAACCGGAGACCUCAGCCUCAAACUGACAAAACUCCGCCUCUCUGACAGCGGCACCUACACCUGCAGCGCCACAGCGUUAGGAGGACAACCGGGAGUGAGAAACAUACCGCUGAAGGUCAAAGUUUUCCAGCAUGCCUCAGCUGUGGAGCUGUAUGAGGGGGAGGAGUUUGUCCUGCUGCCCUGUGAGUUUCAGACUUUUGAGAUGAAGGACCCCACAGUGGUGUGGAGCCGCGGUGAUCUCUAUCCUCCAACCGUCCACCAGCGUCAGCAGGAAGGUGAUAAACUUACAUAUCAAAACCAGCUUUACAGCGGCCGAACAUCCAUGAUGCCUGACGCUCUGGAAACCGGAGACCUCAGCCUCAAACUGACAAAACUCCGCCUCUCUGACAGCGGCACCUAUACCUGCACCGCCACAGUGUUAGGAGGACAACGGAGAGUGAGAAACAUACCGCUGAAGGUCAAAGAACGAUUUCCAUACUGGUCCAAAGUUCUCCUGGUUCUCCUGGUUCUCCUGGCUGUUGGUCUUGUUGCUGGGGGUCUUUUGGUACAUUUUCGGCACUAUUUCAUGUCAGUCUGUCAGGUGGAGGUGGAGGAGGGGGUGGAGUCUGUCCUGCUGCCCUGCAAAACCACAGUUCGCCUGCCUAAAGACGUCACAGUGGAGUGGACGGACGGAGACUACAGGACGGUCCACGUGUAUCAGAAAGACUCUGACCGGUCUGAAGAACAGGACCAGGUUUACAGAGGCCGAACAGAGAUGAAGGAAGACCUGCUGAGAACUGGAGACCUCAGUCUGACCCUGAAAUCCCCCACAGACACAGUCAGAAACACCUACACCUGCACCGCCUACAGCAGGGAGGGAAGGAUCCUGAUGGAGAAACAAGUGAAGCUCUGGGUCAGAGUCUGUCAGGUGGAGGUGGAUUCAGGGGUGGAGUCUGUCCUGCUGCCCUGCAAAACAACAGUUCGCCUGCCAAAAGACGUCACAGUGAAGUGGUGGGACGGAGACUUCAGGACGGUCCACGUGUAUCAGAAAGACUCUGACCGGUCUGGAGAACAGGACCAGGUUUACAGAGACCGAACAGAGAUGAAGCUGCUGAAACCUGGAGACCUCAGUCUGACCCUGAAAUACCCCACAGACAGAGACGGAGGGAUCUACACCUGCACCGCCUACAGCAGGGAGGGAAAGAUCCUGAUGAGGAAACAGGUGGAGCUCCGGGUCAAAGUCUGUCAGGUGGAGGUGGAGGAGGGGGUGGAGUCUGUCCUGCUGCCCUGCAAAACCACAGUUCGCCUGCCAAAAGACGUCACAGUGGAGUGGUGGGACGGAGACUACAAGAAGGUCCACAUGUAUCAGAACGGCUCUGACUGGCCUGAAGGACAGGACCAGGUUUACAGAGACCGAACAGAGAUGAAGGAAGACCUGCUGAGAACUGGAGACCUCAGUCUGACCCUGAAAUUCCCCACAGGCAGAGACAGAGACACCUACACCUGCACCGUCUACAGCAGGAAGGGAGACAUACUGAUGAGGAAACAGGUGGAGCUCCGGGUCAAAGUCUGUCAGGUGGAGGUGGAUUCAGGGGUGGAGUCUGUCCUGCUGCCCUUCAAGACCACAGCUGACCUGCCUGAGGACGUCACAGUGACGUGGAGGGACAGAUACUACAGGACGGUCCACAUGUAUCAGAAAGACUCUGACCGGUCUGGAGAACAGGACCAGGUUUACAGAGACCGAACUGAGAUGAAGGGAGACCUGCUGAGAACUGGAGACCUCAGUCUGACCCUGAAAUCCCCCACAGACAGAGACAGAGACACCUACACCUGCACCGCCUACAGCAGGGAGGGAAGGAUCCUGAUGGAGAAACAGGUGAAGCUCCGGGUCAAAGUCUGUCAGGUGGAGGUGGAUUCAGGGGUGGAGUCUGUCCUGCUGCCCUUCAACACCACAGCUGACCUGCCUGAGGACACGGAAGUGAAGUGGAGGGACAGAUACCACAGGAUGGUCCACGUGUAUCAGAAAGACUCUGACCGGUCUGGAGAACAGGACCAGGUUUACAGAGGCCGAACAAAGAUGAAGGAAGACCUGCUGAGAACUGGAGACCUCAGUCUGACCCUGAAAUACCUCACAGACAGAGACAGAGGGAUCUACACCUGCACCAUCUACAGCAGGAAGGGAAGGAUCCUGAGAGGGAAAACAGUGCAGCUUUUGGUCAAAGAGAGAUGAACAGAAGACGCUCCUCUGCUGGCUGAGCAAUCUGUUUAAUCGGUCUGUCGGUGGAUCUUUGAUUAUUGAUCCGAUCUGACUUUGGAUCAGAGAGAAAAUGGAGGUGAAGCAGCUGAUGGAGGACGGAUCUUUAUCUUCGUGUGAAACAGGACGAGUUGUUAGUUACAACAACAUCGUCCCGACCAUGAAGGAAGAACUUCAUACGAGACGAGAUGAAACGCUGAAACCUGCUGAAAGAAAAUUUUAUUCAACGAGGAGAAAAUAAACAAUAUAAUCACAGAACAAGAACAGAACCAGAAGCUGCACAAACUCCAGAAAUCGUUUCCAGAUAUUACAGUGAGGCUUGAAAUGAGUGCAGGAAGGAUUCUAAAGCUCUUUAGUACCGAGAGAAGAUGUUUCGUCCGUUUGUCUGAUGAUGAACGAGCUGUUGUGAAUAUGUGAUUUUUCAUUUUCAUGUCAUUUUUCUAAGUGUUUGUUGUAAAUGAGACUGAAAGCA